ACGACGCUGGGAUGCGGCAGCAUCCGUAGGAGCGGCAGGACUCCAUUCAGCAGCUGUCCGCCACGGAGCGGCCUGUCUACACCUUACGGUGAGGAUGGCCAAGGUGAAGCAGGUGGGCCUCCUGGCAGCAGGCUGUCAGCCUUGGAACAAAGAUGUGUGUGCAGCUAGUGGAGACCGCUUCGCCUACUGUGCUACGCUGGCCAUCUACAUCUACCAGGUGAAUUUACCCCUGUGGAGUAAAAGCCAGAAGCAUGUGCUGCGUCCGGAGUCUUUAGAGGGGACGGAUGAAGAGGACCCCAUCAGUGCCCUGGAGUGGGACCCCCUGUCAACUGACUACUUACUAGUGUCAAACCUCCAUAACGGCAUCAGGCUGGUGGACAGCGAGGGUCUGGCAUGCAUCACGUCCUUCUGUUUCCCCUCGGCUGCUGCAUCCGUUCAGUGUUUGGCCUGGGUCCCAUCAGCUCCCGGCAUGUUCAUUACUGGAGAUUCACAGGUUGGAGUAUUAAGAGUGUGGAACGUGUCUCGGUCCACUCCGUUGGACAGCUUUAAGCUGAAGAAGACAGGGUUUCAUGCCCUGCACGUCCUCAACUCCCCUCUGACCAAAAAAGCUCAGAGCUCCUGUUCUCCCAGUAAAAGCCAGCACACCAGUUCCACCAGCGAGGCUGUCCCCCCACCUACUCUGUCCCAGAACCGGGCCUUCUCUCUGCCGCCUGGCCAUGCGGUCUGCUGCUUCAUGGAUGGUGGUGUUGGACUCUAUGAUAUGGGAGCCAAGAAGUGGGAUUUCCUACGUGACCUGGGUCAUGUAGAAACUAUCUUUGACUGCAAGUUCAAACCAGAUGAUCCCAACCUCCUGGCAACGGCUAGUUUUGAUGGAACGAUAAAAAUCUGGGACACCAACACGUUGACGGCUGUACAUACCUCACCUGGCAACGAAGGAGUGGUUUACUCGCUGUCCUGGGCUCCAGGUGACCUGAACUGCAUCGCAGGAGCAACAUCUCGUAACGGAGCAUUUAUCUGGGACGUCAGGAAAGGAAAAAUCAUUACCCGCUUUAACGAGCACGGUAAAAAUGGCAUAUUCUGCAUCUCGUGGAGCCACAAAGACUCCAAGAGGAUCGCCACGUGCAGCGGAGACGGUUUCUGCAUCAUCCGAACCAUCGAUGGGAAGAUACUGCAUAAGUACAAACAUCCUGCUGCUGUUUUUGGCUGCGACUGGAGCCAGAACAACAAUUUAUUUUAUGUUUCUACGGUUUUAAAGUUUGUUUAUUGGAGCAGCACGGUCAGGAUCUGGGACUACACUCAGGAUGCUUGUAUCAACGUGCUGAGCGGUCACACAGCUCCGGUCCGAGGCCUGAUGUGGAACACCGAGGUUCCUCACCUCCUCAUCUCAGGUUCCUGGGAUUACACCAUCAGAGUGUGGGACACCAGAGACGGGACGUGUCUCGAUACGGUCUACGACCACGGAGCCGAUGUCUAUGGUUUGACGUGCCACCAGAGCCGUCCCUUCACCAUGGCCAGCUGCAGCAGGGACAGCACGGUCAGGCUGUGGUCCCUCACGCCCCUCAUCUCUCCUCUGCUGCUGAACAUCCUGACUGAGCAGCCGUGGGAGAAGAUAAUCGGAAACACAGACAAGGCGAUGGUCCCCGGCUCGCCGCCGCUACUCUGUGGGAAGGUGUCCAGAGACAUCAAGCAGGAGCUGGAUAAACUGAGCGGGAACGCCAGGGCCAGGAAGCUGCGCUGGUUUUCUGAGUGCUUCUCUCCUCCAGGGGGCAGCGGUAACCUGUGGGACCUGGUCUUCGUUAUAAACGGUCAGGACGACUCGCUGCUUCCUGCCAGCUACAGUAAAGGAGUGAUGCACAUGAAACACCUGGUCAAGUUUAAAACGUCUGAAGCUCAGGAGCUGACGAUUGUUAAGAUGUCCAAGUUUGGAGGAGGCAUCGGAGCUCCCAGUAAAGAGGAGCGUCUGAAAGAAGCAGCGCAGAUCCAUCUGAGACUGGGCCAGAUCCAGAGAUACUGUGAGCUGAUGGUGGAACUGGGAGAGUGGGAGAAAGCCUUAUCUGUGGCACCCGGAGUCUCCAUGAAGUACUGGAAGAAACUCAUGCAGAGACGAGCCGAUCAGCUGAUGGCCGAGGAUAACGACGACGCCAUCCCGUACUGCGUCGCCACCGGGGACAUUAAAAAACUCGUGAGCUUCUUCACCAGCAGAGGGCAGCUGCUGGAAGCCUUACUGAUCGCACAGGGUGCGUGCGAAGGGAACAUCCGUCCACCACCUACUUCCUCCAUCAACCACACAGCCAACGACGUGGACAACAGACAGCAGUACCAGAGCCUCCUUCAUAUCGUUUGUAGGGGACUUGCAGAUUGGUAUUUCCAGGACGGAUGCUCGGUCCUGGCUGCAUGCUGCCACCUGGCUGUCGACAACAUCCAGGAGGCCAUGGUCAACCUGAUCCGCGGAAACGAGCUGGAGUUGGCUGCAUUUGUAGGACUCGUCCUGGGAGAGGCUGCCAGUCAGAGCACGGCUUAUUGCCUUGAACUGUUGGCGAGGAAGUACAUGACCCCCUCAACAUGGGAGCUUUCAGUUGACCUGCUGCAGAUGAUCCCCGACAACCAUAUUUUACUGGCUAAGCUGUGUGCAUUUUACCCAGGAAGCUCUGCGGAAAUCAACCAACUGCACGAGAGGGUGGCUCACUUAGACACACACUACAACCAGCUGCUGAAGAGGAGAGAGGUCUGCGUCCCUCUGAAGAUCGAGCAGCUGUCGGUGGAGAUGGAUGCAUGGAGGGCGUGCACGCAACCCGACUGCAGUCAACCAUCAGAGAGCCAGACAGAGGAGUUCAGCUGCCUGGAGAGGAGAAUCCUGCCAACAGAACCAGCUACCUUGGUUCUGAACGGAGCCGAUUACGUGACUGGCUCAAACCUGCCGAGCCACUCAGACCUUCACCUGUCCUGUUUCACUGGACACAGGAUCCAGGGUCCAGUGUUUUUACUGGAGGACAAUAAAUCAGCCAUUUCCCUAAAUGAUGCGUUAAUGUGGGCCAAGGUGAACCCGUUCUCCCCGCUGGGAACAGGAGUCCGGAUCAAUCCCUUCUAACCUGGAGAGGAACCUGAACACAGAAGAGUAUUAACCGAGGAUGACGAGCUGAGCGGACAGGAACAUUUCAAAUGACUCGCAGUGGAAAGAACGUAGAUUCUUUUUAACCUCUAGGGUUCUGCUUUUCAGGACUACAUUUAAUUACAAAAACAAAACAUUUUACACCAAAACGUUCCAUCAUGUCAAGAAAAACUAAGCAUAAGUGAUCUGCCUGUAGAUCCAGCAGCUUUAAGAAGCCUGUGGAACCCUCUUUAAAGGUUUGUAGAACCCUCUUCAGCAGAGCCAUGAAGAAAAGAGAGUUCUGAAAACUCCAUUGUUGAUGAUUGGCAACAUUUCAAAUACCAAUUUAACACACAGAGCUUCAGUUGUUUGUGGGAAGUUAGCCGCUCAUGCUAGCAUUGCCAUAGACAUUAGCAAACCAUGCUAAACUCCUGGAAAAAAGACAAGUCAUCAUUAUCACAUCGUUCUCUCUGCUUCUACCUAGCAUUAAAAAAAAAUAAUGAAUGUGUGAGAUGGAUAAAACGGA